ACUAGAAUUAUGUAAAACAAUGAGUGUAAUUUACCGAGGAAAAAUGAAUACCAUAUUUUCUCACAUACAGCAUGCACCUCUUCUCCAAAAAUUGCUGCUGGAAAUUGGAUUGUGCAUUAAAUGUGAGAAAUAGGAUAAGAUGGGGUUCUGCUGCUUACUGGGUGAAACUGAAUAUAAAAUCUGCACAAUUCACCAGGAGCAGAGCAAUGAGCCAGCUAAGCUCCCUAGCUGCUGCUAAUCAAGUACUCGCUACAAGGAAAAAUCUCUUUCUUAAUUCUGUCUUUCAAAAAGGUGUGUAUUAUGUUGUGUGUUAUGUUGUAUGUGAGAAAAUAUGGUAUGUUGACGUGUCAUGACAAUUUGACAGUCUGAUAAAUGAGGUCACUGAUGAGACAGGCUUUUCAGAUUUCUUGCUGUUGCCUUAUUAAAAUUGCCUUACAAACUUUUAAUCUAUUUUACAGACUGAAUUAUUACUACAUUGCAUACAGGUCUGCUGCAAGGCGACUAUUCAGUGCUUCACACACAACAGUGGACUUAAAGGAAGUGAAAAAAUUCCAGCUUUUGGCACACAAGUGGUGGGAUGAACAAGGAGAAUAUGCACCCCUUCAUUCUAUGAAUGACAUUAGAGUGCCAUUUGUUAGGGAUACUUUAUUGAACCUGAGUAGUGAUCAUCAGCUGGGAAGUCCUUUGUCUGGCAUAAAAAUCCUAGAUGUUGGCUGUGGCGGAGGAUUAUUAAGUGAACCUCUAGGUAGACUGGGAGCUUCGGUUACCGGAAUAGAUCCUCUGGAAGACAACAUUAGAACAGCUGAACAGCACAAAUCAUUUGAUCCAGAUCUAGACAAGAGAAUACAAUACAAAUCUUGUUCAUUGGAGGAGAUUGCAGAAGAGUCUACAGAAACCUUUGAUGUAAUCGUAGCUUCUGAAGUAGUGGAGCAUGUGGCUGACCUAGAAACAUUUAUCUCAUGCUGCUAUCAAGUGUUAAAACCUGAAGGCUCACUAUUCAUCACUACACUCAGCAAAACACAGUUGUCCUAUGUCCUGGGGAUAGUAGUCGCAGAAAAAAUAAUGGGCAUUGUGCCAGAUGGUACUCACAACUGGGAGAAGUUUAUUACACCUGAAGAGUUGGAGCGCCUGUUAGAAUCAAAUGGCUUUUUAGUCAAGGCAGUGAAUGGAAUGUUGUACAACCCCUUCUCAGGGUCCUGGAGUUGGAUUGAAAGUACUAGCAUUAACUAUGCAUUGCAUGCCAUGAAAUCUAAGGCACAAGAACAGUCAAGUUCAAGAGAGCCACCUUCAGAGGCAGAAGAGGAGCAGCACCCAGCCAGAGCUAAUACCAGCACAACUGUCUAAAGCACUUGCUGGUAAAGCCUACAGUGGGAAGAUUUGCAUAGACAUCUGUAAUAAAACUAUCUGGAACCAACACAUCUACUUGUUUGCAUUACUUGUAGUUAAGCUGGUUUUUGCCAGUGUGUUUCAGAACAAUUUUUCAUUAUCUCAGAAAUCACAUGGAUUUUAAAAUGAACAAAAAUCUUAGAAAAGACUUGUUUUCUAGGAAAAAAAAAUGCAAACCUACCAGUAUUUGUUACAGGGCUCAUACAUGUGAUGGUUUUUAGAGUCCUUUCUCAAAAAGUUGAGAGGCUAAAGAAUAACAGCUCACUGCUGGAUUCUGUUUGGAGUGGCUUUUUAAAAUGCAAUGAUGAAGUGUGGUAAUUAGAAUAUUUAAAAUAAAAAUGUUUAAAUCACUCAAGUAUACUGCUCUAAGACUUGUGGCUAAGUGUGAACAAUUUAAAGAACCAAAAAAGCAACUUUCCUCUUUCUGAUUGUGAUCCCAUAAGAAGUGUAAGGACAGGUGACUCCUUUGUGCUAUAGAUGAGCCUUCUAUGGCUAGUUGUGCUAGUUCUGCAGGUAGUCAAACCACACUUAAGAAUUUGGUCUCUUAUUGUCGAUCCUUUGCAUGUCACAAAAGUGGAAGCUGUCAUCAGCAUUUCUAGCAAAAAUGUAUCAUGACCUGUCAUGGGCCAGAGUCAGUUUGGUCAUACCUGUGCUCCACUUAAUGGUUGCAAGGAAGUUGGUGACCUGGAUGCUAGGCCCUCCUUAAGUCUGAAGGGAUUCAGACCCACAUCUCUGAACUCACCAGGGAGUUCCCUAUGGACCAUAUACAUAUAGAAUAGUUGGGAGAAAGUGAACUGUCCACUUGUCUUGCUGAAGCCAGGCCGCUGUGCAACCAAGAAUUCAAGAGUCAUGGCACAGAAAGAGAAGGAGGCAUCAUUGAUUUUUAAAAUGACUUGGUGCUGUGCAUACUGAUGACCUGAAUGGGCGCAUCCAGACGAGCAUGCAUGUGCCUCUUGCCCCUUCUAAAAGGGGUUUGAGACAG